UAUGACCAUUACGCCGAUCGUGGUUGACAAUUUCUCUGUCUCAAUUUACUAAUUUUGAUUAUUUUAAGUAGAAACCUGUUUUAUUCAUUGACAGAUCUCUACCACAUAGUAAUUUUUACAUAAUAUCAUUGCAUUCGAGCUUUUGCCCUAUUUUGUCUUUGAAUGUUCUUAUCAUAUAGGGUGUCUGUCAAUAAUGGGCAUAGGAAGGAAGCCAGAAUUUAGUUUAGAAACAGUGUAAUUUUCGCACUAAAUACCUCAUAUAAGACAGCAUUGUAUGUCGUUAUUUCAAGUUAAAAUUCCUCAUAAAUCUUCGACAUGGAUACUCGGAAAAUCAUCUUUGUGCUGUCGCAGGAAAAUUCACUUUCCUUUUGUUCUGAGUGUCUGUUCCAACUUGAGCCCAAUGUUGGUUGCUCGGUUUUUCUUCCAUCAAAAUCAGUGUAUUGCCUAGAUUGCUAUCUCACAAUCAAGAAGAGGAUCACUUAUUUUAAACUUUCUGAAAUAAGUAUAAUAUGCUCUUCCGAGUUCUACAAACUGUAUCAUUGUUUUCUGAAUGAAUUUGGAGUAUGGAAACCUGAAGAAGAACUAGCCUUCUUGGAGGCUGUAGAAAAACAUGGCUACGGUAACUGGGAAGAUAUCACCUAUGUCAAUUCAAAAGCACCUUCUGUCUAUGAAUCUCAUUAUUUAAAAUUUUACGUUGAUCAGCCAUUUAUCUUUGAGUUGGAUGAGUUUGCCAAGAUCAAAUCUUCAGUCCGCAAACCUUUGAGCUUCUAUUAUAACUCUUGUGAUGCUACAUCUGCCUCUUCCAGCAGCUCAAAUUUCACACCAUCAUCAGAAUUCGAAAUGAAAAAAGAACCUGUGGACUGGCACUGUCCCCUGGACUCAAAAACUUUUGAUAAGCCAAGCAAUCAUGAUACUUUCAAUCACUCCAAAAGUAAGCAUGAAAAUUGUAACUGUCCUGAUGAGCUAAAAUUGAGCUCUACCAAAUCUCAAGCUAAACUGGCUCCAUUGGCGUCCAGCACCGGAUACUGUGGUGCCAGAGAUGACUUCAAUAUUUAUCCUUUUGACAAUGCUGAACUCAAUUUAUCAAUAAUGAAUGACUUAAGCGAUUGCACAGUUCCAGAUCUUCCCGUCUCUAAACUUAGUAUGAUCAAUGACUCCAAUCUAUUGUUGAAUUGUUUAUCAUAUGCCUUAAUAGAGAAUUACAAUCAUGUUUUGAAGAGACGAGAGAGAAUGAAGAAAUUUGUGAAGGAAUAUCACCUACUUUACAACCAAAAUGCUUUCUCCUGGCUCAAACAAUACCAGAUUACAUUGAACAAAGAUAUUGUGAGCCACAUAAGCAGAAUGUUGCAGUUCAUUCCAAAAAGUGACGCCAAAGGAAUACUCGGCAACCUUAAACAAAUAGAUGAUUUAAGAGCAAAACUUCAAGACCUUAAGUAUUAUCGAAUCAAAGGCCUGCAGACUUUCAAAGAAGUGGAGCUUUAUAAAGAACUAAAAUUAGACAAGAAGAAGAGAUUCGCCAAAGCUCUUGAAAAUAUUGCAGCCAUAAAAAAAGAUCAAUUUAAUUUGAAAGAUCAUUUAAUUCAGUUGAAUUUUAAAAGAUCCUCUGGUCGAUUAGAUAUUGAAAUUUUACCUGGCUAUGAUAAAUUACUGGAGGAUGAGAAACAACUCUGUGCUUCAGCUCGCAUCAUUCCUGCUUCCUACACACAGUUCAAAGCACUGAUGAUUGCAGAGUGUCAGAGAAAUAAUGGUUUGAGAUUGGCACAAGCACGGAAAUUAAUGAAAAUAUGUGUCAACCGCACAAGGAGAAUUUAUGACCAUCUCCUAGAAAAAGGCUCAAUUUGGCUACCGUCAUCUUAAGUGUACUGCUCUCUUAACAGUUGAAGCUUUACUGUGCCUCGGCCUGUUUUGCACUGUAUAAUUCUCAAUGAGCCCAGGAAAAGCAUGGAAAUAGUACAUAUUGCUAUCCUGAGCAUCAGUAGACUUCUUAGUUUGAAAAGCAUCUCUUAAAUUUUGGAUAAAGGCUUUACUGCUCGGUUCCCUUCAAGACCGGCUUUGAUCCAAGAGUAAUUUCAGUAACUCAUCAGUAUUGUUUCUCAUCUGAAAAUUGGAGGAUCAUCAACUCUUCACCAUGAAUAGGAAUGAUCUAAAUUGCAGCAUUC